AUGCUUGCGCCAAUGGAAGCAACUAAAGUUCGAAUACAGACGUCUCCCGGUUCCCCGCCAACACUGCGUGGCUGUGCACCAAUGAUUUGGCGGAGUGAAGGACUUAUGGGAUUUUAUAAAGGUUUGCCACCACUCUGGAUGCGUCAGAUACCAUACACGAUGAUGAAAUUUGCUUGCUUCGAACGUACCGUUGAAAUGCUGUACAAGUACGUGGUUCCGAAACCAAGAUCGCAAUGUUCGAAAGCUGAGCAGCUGGUUGUCACUUUCUGCGCCGGAUACAUCGCCGGUGUAUUCUGUGCUGUUGUAUCGCAUCCUGCAGAUACUGUUGUGUCGAAGCUAAACCAGGAUGCUGGUUCGGGCGCCAUGGAAGUAGUCAGAAAACUCGGCUUCAUUGGUUUGUGGAAAGGUCUGAUCCCACGUAUCAUUAUGAUCGGAACGCUGACUGCCGCGCAGUGGUUUAUUUAUGAUAGCGUGAAGGUGAUAUUCAAACUUCCACGUCCACCGCCACCGGAGAUGCCAGAAUCACUGAAAGCGAAGUUGAAGCUGCAAGAAGCUGGAAAAUAA